AUGUUUGAUACACAAAUACAGAAAAUUGAACAAGAGUCAUAUACAUAUGAACAACAAUGUAUAUUAAUCUUUUUACCUAAAGUAUUUCAUUCUCUGGUGAAGAAAAUACGGGAAACGAGCAGUUUUGAAGAUAACAACAUAUUACAAUUAGCUGAUUCAUAUUUUCAAUGUGCCCUUCUUUAUGAUCAAUUCUCAUCGCAUAUCAAAAGUAUUCUCUCCUAUAUAUCCGCUUUUAGUAUAUAUGCCUCGAAAUCGCCCAGUGAAAUCGCUAAAUUAAUUGAUGAAAUGACCACUAUAAUAAAUUCCUUUACAGCAAACAAACUUACACCCAAGGAUAUUCUGGAACUCUAUCAACGACUUCUGUCAUCGGAAGAUGUAGUUGAAAUACGCUUGAAAAUACCUACUAUGUAUCGUGAAAAUGAAACCGACGAUGUGGUAGAGUUAGAUGGCGAUGAGGAUACGAGCAAUGAAUCACGAGAAAUCGCUAUACAAUGGUAUAGAGACUGUCUAAAGACUACCAACAAUAUAUGGGUAAAAGGUGUAUGUUAUUACAAUAUUUUAGUUCAGUAUCAGAAUUUUAUUUAUGAGGAUAGCGAUGGUAAAGAUAAUGUCGAUGAUAUGAUUAAUUGCUUACCACAAUUUAAUACUUCUGAUCGACGUUUAUUAAUUAAACGUCGAAAAUUGCAUUUUCUAAAAGAAUAUGAGCACAAUACCGGCAACUCUGCAACGAAUAGUCAUCUUCAACUACACAAAUUUACAAAACAUCCAUUCGAUAAAAAAUUGGAAAAAAACGACAUAUCGACUAUUGGACACUAUCUUAUGAAAUCUAAUGAUCUCAUCGGUGCUGAAGAAUACUGGAGUUCAAUUGCCCAACAACUUGAAUGUGAUUUCGCUGGUCCAAUUCUCCCACUUAUUCGCAAUCCUCAUUCAACAUUCGAUGAAAUUCUUGAUACUAUAAAACAGCCAAAAAAUGAUACCAACGCACUUUUUUAUCAAUUACUUGAGACCUAUGGAAAAACAGCGGAUUAUUAUAUACUCAAAGCUAAGGACGAUCAAACAACAGGAACAGAAUCCCAUUGA